GGACGACGACGACUCUGACUACCCUGAAGAGAUGGAGGAUGAAGACGAUGCCAGUUAUUGCACUGAGAGCAGCUUCAGGAGCCACAGCACCUACAGCAGCACCCCAGGUAGGAGAAGACAAAGAGUGCAUCGUCCUCGUUCUCCAAUAUUGGAAGAAAAAGAUAUCCCACCCUUGGAGUUUCCUAAAUCCUCAGAGGACUUAAUGGUGCCUAGUGAGCAUAUAAUGAAUGUUAUUGCCAUCUAUGAGGUACUAAGGAACUUUGGCACUGUUUUACGCCUCUCUCCUUUUCGUUUUGAGGACUUCUGUGCUGCUCUGGUAAGUCAAGAGCAGUGCACACUUAUGGCAGAGAUGCAUAUAGUGCUUUUAAAAGCAGUUUUACGUGAAGAAGACACUUCAAAUACUACCUUUGGACCUGCUGACCUCAAAGAUAGCGUUAAUUCCACUUUGUAUUUCAUAGAUGGAAUGACGUGGCCAGAGGUUCUGCGGGUAUAUUGUGAGAGUGACAAGGAAUACCAUCAUGUUCUUCCUUACCAAGAGACAGAGGACUAUCCUUAUGGACCAGUAGAGAAUAAAAUCAAAGUUCUGCAGUUCUUAGUGGAUCAGUUUCUUACAACAAACAUUGCACGUGAAGAGUUAAUGUCAGAAGGUGUUAUUCAGUAUGAUGAUCAUUGUAGGGUUUGUCACAAACUUGGGGAUUUGCUUUGCUGUGAAACUUGUUCAGCUGUGUACCAUUUGGAGUGCGUGAAACCGCCUCUUGAAGAGGUACCAGAAGAUGAAUGGCAGUGUGAGGUCUGCGUAGCACAUAAGGUGCCUGGAGUUACUGACUGUGUUGCUGAAAUCCAAAAAAAUAAACCAUACAUUCGACAUGAACCUAUUGGAUAUGACAGGCAUAGACGAAAAUAUUGGUUCCUGAACAGAAGAAUCAUUAUAGAGGAAGAUUCAGAAAGUGAGAAAGAUAAGAAAAUCUGGUACUAUAGCACAAAGAUACAGCUGGCAGAGUUAAUUGAAUGCCUAGACAAAGAUUACUGGGAAGCUGACCUAUGCAAAACUCUGGAAGAAAUGCGUGAAGAAAUUCAUCGGCACAUGGAUGUGACAGAAGACCUUACUAAUAAAGCAAGGGGCAACAACAAGUCUUUCCUUUCUGCAGCAAAUGAUGAAAUUUUGGACAUUAUCAGAGCACGAAAAGGAGAAAUAGUGGAAGAUAAAAACACAGCAGAUGAUGAAGCAGAAAAGGCCAAAAGCGAUGUUGAUAAUGACCAGACGGAUGCUGAGAGAAGCAAGGAAGAAUCUGGAGACCAAGAUAAAACUGAGGAAACGCCCACUGAGCAAGAUGCGGAAAAAGUGAAAACAGAAGAGGCAACAGUCGUUGGGGAUAAAAGUAACUCUGUGACAUCAAGCACUGAUGACAACAACACAAAUCCUUCUGCAGGAGAGACUAGUUGCUCUGAAGGGAAGAACGCAAUGGGGUGUCAGUCAGAAACCCUUGAUAGCAACAACGUGGCAGAGAAGAAGGUGGCAUCAGAGCUCCCUCAGGAACUCUCAGAAGAAACUGGUCAGAUGAUCCCUAGCAACAGUAGCAGUGCAUCUGCUGCACCUCUACACUCAGAUGUUGAAAACAGCAACGGUAGUGAGUUGGGCUGUGGGCAGAAUGACUCCAUCAAGACGCCUGAUGAUGCUGAAAAUGCAGAGAGGGGAUCCCAGACUUCAGAGGACAUAGGAGAGAAAUCUAAUGGUGAAAGAAGUGAUUCUCCAGGCGCAGGAAAAGGCACGCCAGGUUCGACGCGAAUGCUCACAAGAUUACGAAAUCCAGAUAGCAAGUUGAGCCAGAUGAAAAGCCAGCAGGUUGCUGCUGCAGCACAUGAAGCAAAUAAGUUAUAUAAAGAAGGCAGAGAGGUUCUGGUGGUCAACUCUCAAGGUGAAGUCUCCCGACUGAACACAAAGAAGGAAGUUGUGAUGAAAGGAAAUAUCAACAAUUAUUUCAAAUUAGGGCAAGAGGGGAAGUAUCGUGUUUAUCAUAACCAGUAUGCCACUAAUUCAUUUGCAUUAAACAAGCACCAGCACAGGGAGGACCAUGACAAGAGACGACAUCUCUCGCAUAAAUUCUGUCUGACUCCUGCUGGAGAGUUCAAAUGGAACGGGUCUGUACAUGGGUCCAAAGUUCUUACCAUAUCCACUUUGAGGCUAACUAUUAUUCAGCUAGAAAACAAUAUCCCGGCAUCGUUCCUUCACCCUAACUGGGCUUCCCACAGGUCUAACUGGAUUAAGGCUGUUCAGAUGUGCAGCAAACCUAGAGAAUUUGCACUAGCGCUGGCUAUAUUGGAAUGUGCAAUUAAACCAGUUGUCAUGCUGCCAAUCUGGCGGGAAUCGUUGGGGCACACUAGAUUACGCAGAAUGACAGCAAUAGAAAGAGAAGAAAAGGAGAAAGUGAAAAAAAAAGAGAGAAAACAAGAAGAGGAGGAAACAAUGCAGCAAGCUACAUGGGUGAAAUAUACAUUUCCUGUCAAACAUCAGGUGUGGAAGCAAAAAGGAGAGGAAUAUAGAGUAACGGGAUAUGGUGGCUGGAGCUGGAUUAGUAAAACACACGUCCACAGGUUUAUGCCCAAACUGCCUGGAAAUACUAACGCAAAUUAUAGAAAGUUGCUACCAACAAAGAGUGAAGAUGAAAAAUGCAACUUGGAUAAACGAAAAGGUCCAAUUAAGGUAAAAAUAGAGAAAGACAGAACAAAGGAUUCCCAUGAUCUGCAAGCAAAAGACAAAGCAGAUGUUUCAGAAACCUUGGAGAAUGUGCAAGUGAAAGAAGAAAAGUCACAUGAAGAAAAAGUGGAAGUUGAUACAAUUUCUGAAAAUUUAGAGCAUGCAAAAGACAAAGUGGAAAAAGAAAUCGAUGGUGAAAAUGAUAAAGUCAUCAAGGAAGAACCUAUGGAUGUAGAUGAUGUGAAAAUUGAAUCCCCCAUAAAAGAUGAGGACAGUCAUUGUAAGCUGGAUAUAAUCAAUGUCAGCGAGGGAUUUCAUUUAAGGACUUGCUACAAAAGGAAAGUAAAAUCAUCAAAAUUAGAUGGACUACUUGAGAGGCGAAUAAAACAGUUUACACUGGAAGAAAAACAACGUCUAGAAAGGAUGAAACUGGAGGCUAGUGCUAAAACAGGAGGCAUUCGAUCUGUAAGCCCCCAGAAAAACAUAAAUGAGCUACAAAUGAGAAAAGUAAAAGAAGGAAGCCAGUUUGACAUGUCUUCCCAAGAUCAAACCUAUAUUUCAGAUAAGACCCAAACUGAAGAUGCAGAACAGGACUGCUUGCCGAUCAGCAGCAUCUGUUGUACCAAAACUGGUGAGCUAGAUGAACCCUCUUUGCCUUUGACAAACAGACUAUCAAAAAGAGAAGGCCAGCUACUGGAUGAAGACUCGCCUCAAUCCUCUGAAGGCGAAAGCUCCAUUCAGAAUGAUAGUAAAGAAAACAACCCUGAACCUAUGGCUGCUGCUAAGUGUCAAGGACAAGAGGUUCUUGGAGAGUCUGAGAGUUCCUUUGUGGAUGGCUUGAAACAAACAAAUGCAGAAGGCAGAAUUCAAUGGGAUGCUUCGGAAACAAGCGAAAAACCUUUGCAACAAAAGCUACCUAUUACCAGAGUAUCUCAGCGUGAAUGUGAAAACUUGGAGCCAGUGGUAACUGAAAGCAGCUGUAGAAAAGAUGCUCUGGCCACUCUUGAAAAAACAGUUUCAGAAGGAAAUUCUGAACAGCAGAGCAAAGAUCCAGAAAACAGUUGUAUGAUAAAAAGCCAUAUUGAACCAACAUCCUCUCGAGAAAGUGAAAUGGAGGAAGAAAUUGCUCCAGGAAAGACUGAAAAUAAAUCUGAAAACAAGAUCAUAUUUCACCAAAAAUCAGUGAGUAAAGACCUAAAACCAUUUAAAACAGAGCUAAUUUCUGAAAGAAAUCUUGAAAGUCAAAGUCUGGAACACAUGGAUGAGGUAGAAGUUGAUGAGGAUUUACUGAGCUCUAAACUAACUGAGGCUAACGGUCAAAAGAAAGGUCAGGAACUGAAAGUGGAGACAAGUACCAUAAACAAAUAUCUUGAUCAGACAAAUCUAAAUAGUGUUACUGACAAAAAGAAUAAUAAAGAUGAAAAAACUGAGACAGACUUAGACAAAGAAAAAUCAGCAUUUCAAAUGAACGGAAAAGACAAUGACAUUAAAGUAUUAUCAAAUGAUGACUGCUUAGUUAAAGAUACCUGUGAAACUAAGGCAGGGGGUGAUACUGAACCAAAAGUUAAUAAUAUUAAUAAAUCCAUUCCGGAACAUGAAAUAAAACCAUUGGCUUUUAAGGAAUCAUCAGUCAAACCAUUCAUGAAUGGUGACAUCAUGAUAGAGGACACAAAGGACAAAAAUAAUGUGGACCCUAAGUCGCAUCUGCAGAGUUCACCUGAGUUUGAAUCUGGGGAGAGUCUUCAGCCACCAGAUGAAGUUUCCAAGUAUGUGCAGAAAACUGAAGAAAAACAGCUUUCUCCUGAGAGAUCUGCCUUUGUUGGCUCUGCUUCCAUGCCAACACAUACUGUCUGUAAAGAAAAUAACCUGAAUAGUGAAACAGAAUCUAUGGAAACUGAAGUAAUUGAGGAUAAGAAAGUUGCUCCAUCGCCUGUAACCUCAUGUGAGGAAUCUAGCUUGAGUAGUGACUUUGCUGAUCAGAAUGGUGUACAGACUUAUAAAAUGGAAAAUAUUAAUGGAGAAAGUAAAAUAAAAACUGUUAUUACUGAAGUGACUACCACAACAUCAACUGUGUCUACAGAGUCCAAAACUGUGUUUAAAGUGGCAGAGACUGUAGCUUCUAAUGAUGAGAAAACAACAGUAGUAUCAUCUACAGAAAAUUGUGCCAUAUCCACUGUAACUACCACCACUACUGUAACUAAGCUUACCACUCCAGCUACAGACAGUAACAUUGAUGUCAUUUCUGUACAAGAGCAUAGUAAAACAGUGGUUACAACAACAGUAACUGAUUCGCUCACCACCCCAGAAGGCACAUUGGUGACUUCCAUGACUGUCAGCAAAGAAUAUUCUACGAAAGACAAAGUGAAGUUAAUGAAAUUUGCAAGACCCAAAAAAACUCGUUCUGGAACUGCCUUACCAUCUUACAGAAAAUUCGUUACCAAAAGCAGUAAAAAAAGCAUAUUUGUUUUACCCAAUGAUGACUUAAAAAAGCUGGCCAGAAAAGGAGGGAUCAGAGAAGUUCCCUAUUUCAAUUACAAUGCAAAGCCUGCCUUGGAUAUCUGGCCAUAUCCAUCCCCAAGGCCAACUUUUGGGAUCACCUGGAGGUACCGACUUCAAACAGUAAAAUCAUUGGCUGGAGUGAGCCUUAUGUUGCGGUUAUUGUGGGCAUGUCUCAAAUGGGAUGAUAUGGCAGCAAAAGCUCCACCUGGGGGAGGAACCACGCGUACAGAAACAUCUGAAACAGAAAUUACAACGACAGAAAUAAUCAAGCGAAGAGAUGUUGGUCCAUAUGGAAUCCGGUCAGAGUACUGCAUAAGAAAAAUUAUUUGUCCCAUUGGUGUACCAGAGGCUCCAAAAGAAACUCCAACGCCCCAGAGGAAAGGACUGCGAUCAAGUGCACUGAGGCCAAAAAGGCCAGAAACACCCAAGCAAACGGGCCCUGUUAUAAUUGAAAGUUGGGUAGCAGAGGAGGAAUUGGAACUAUGGGAGAUCAGGGCAUUUGCUGAAAGGGUGGAGAAGGAAAAGGCACAGGCAGUUGAACAACAGGCUAAGAAACGGCUGGAACAGCAGAAGCAGAUACCUGCAGCAGGUGUGGUCCCCGCAGUCACUACAGCCAGCAGCACUGCAACUACUGUCUCAACAGCACAGAAAGUUGUGGUAGGCCCUUUAGCAGGCCCAGUCCCCACUGGAACCAAAGUAGUACUUACUACAAAAGUGGGUUCUCCAGCUACAGUAACAUUCCAACAGAACAAGAAUUUCCAUCAGACUUUUGCUACUUGGGUUAAACAAGGCCAAUCUUCAACAGGUGUUGUUCAAGUUCAGCAAAAGGUAUUGGGUAUCAUUCCAUCAACUACAGGUGCAAGUCAAACAUUUACUUCAUUCCAGCCAAGGACAGCGACUGUAACCAUUAGGCCAAAUACCACAGGGACGUUAGGAACAACAAGCACUUCACAAGUAGUGCAAGGGACACCACUCCGCCCUGGUAUGACAGUAAUACGGACACCACUUCAGCAGUCAACGCUUGGAAAGACCAUCAUUCGAACACCUCUAGUGGUGCAACAAGGUCAGACACAGCAAGUGGUGACUCAAAUAAUCAGGGGUCAGCCUGUCUCAACAGCAGUUUCUAGUACCAGCACAGCUUCUUCCAGUGCUGGACAAAAGACCGUCACAAGUCCUGGAACACCACCUCAGCAAAUACAGCCGCAAACCACGUCGCAGCCCCCUCGCCCUCAGCAGGGACAAGUGAAGCUUACUAUGGCCCAACUCACCCAACUAACACAAGGACAGGGUGGCAGUCAAGGAUUAACUGUGGUAAUUCAGGGACAAGGUCAAACUACUGGUCAAUUACAAUUAAUCCCUCAGGGUGUGACUGUAAUACCUGGUCCAGGACAACAGCUUAUGCAAGCAGCUAUGCCAAAUGGUACAAUUCAGAGAUUUCUUUUCACCCCACUCCCAGCAGCUGCUACUACAGCUAGCACAACUACAACAACAGUUUCUACUUCAACCUCGGCUACAGGGGAACAGAAGCAAGCUCUACAGGCACAGCCAUCAUCAGUACUGCCACCAGUUCAGCCACAGCCUCAGAGUCAGCAGCAAGCCCAGCCUCAAGUGCAGAAUCAGAGUACCCAGCCUGUGCCGCUGGCCCAGCCACAGGCACCUCAGCCAGCGCUUCAGCCUGAAUCUCAGACCCAGCCUGAAUCUCAGACUCCAGCAUCUGUGGACUCUCCAGUCACACCUGAAGCACAAUCGUCUAAAUCUCCAGUUCAGUCUCCAGCGCAGACCCAGGCUCAAGGGCAAUCUCCAGUGCAAGUCCAGAGUCAGCCGCAGACUGCAGUCCUUCCACAAGGCCAGUCCCAAGUCCAGCCUCAGCAACCAGCUCAGGUGCAGACUACAACCCAACAACAGAUUCAGAUGCAGCCCCAUGCUCCCAUACAAAUUCAAGCUCAGCUGCAGCAAUCACAACCUCAGGUUCAGACUUCGGUCUCAACCCUUCCAACUACUCAAAGUUUAAAUCAGGUUCCUGUGCAAUCCCCAACUCGUCCUCAGCUGCAACUUCAGCAGCCUCCAACAAAAGUUAUUACAGUGCCUCAGCUUCAGCAACAAGUCCAAGUUCUCUCUCAGCUUCAGUCACAUGUUGUGGCUCAGAUACAAGCCCAACAAGGCAGUGUGCCCCAGCAGAUCAAGCUUCAGUUACCUAUUCAGAUUCAACAAACUAGCCCAGUACAGGCUCACCAGAUUCAGAAUGUGGUAACAGUUCAAGCAGCUAGUGUUCAGGAGCAGCUGCAGAGAGUUCAGCAGCUCAGGGAGCAGCAACAGAAGAAAAAGCAGCAACAGAUAGAAAUUAAACGUGAGCACACCCUUCAGGCUUCUAAUCAAAGUGACAUUAUCCAGAAACAGGUGGUUAUGAAACAAAAUGCUGUCAUAGAACACUUGAAGCAGAAGAAGACACUGACUCCAGCUGAGAGGGAAGAAAAUCAGAGAAUGAUUGUGUGCAACCAAGUGAUGAAAUAUAUUCUGGAUAAGAUAGACAAAGAAGAAAAACAGGCAGCUAAGAAACGAAAGCGAGAAGAGAGUGUGGAACAGAAGCGUAGUAAACAGAAUGCUACUAAGCUCUCAGCUCUGCUUUUCAAGCAUAAAGAACAGCUGAAAGCUGAAAUAUUGAAAAAAAGAGCACUUCUGGACAAAGAUCUACAAAUUGAAGUGCAGGAGGAGCUAAAGAAAGACUUGACUAAAAUUAAGAAAGAAAAAGAAAAAGCCCAGGCAGCUGCUGCAGCAGCCGCAGCCGCAGCUGCUGCGGCCGCAGCUGCAGCCGCUGCACCACCGCCACCACCACCGCCACUGCCAUCACCACCGCCACAGCAACAUGCAGCCAGCGUCACCUCCUCCUCCUCCACCACAGUCCCAAUGCCAGUAUCCUCCCAGAAGAGAAAGCGAGAUGAGGAGAAAGAUUCGUCAGCUUCCAAGUCCAAGAAAAAGAAAAUGAUUUCUACUACCUCAAAGGAAACAAAGAAGGACACAAAGCUUUACUGCAUCUGUAAAACGCCUUAUGAUGAGUCUAAAUUUUACAUUGGCUGCGAUCGAUGUCAGAACUGGUAUCAUGGGCGCUGUGUUGGCAUUUUACAAAGUGAGGCAGAUCUCAUUGAUGAAUAUGUGUGUCCACAAUGUCAGUCCACAGAAGAUGCCAUGACUGUACUCAGUCCACUAACUGAUAAAGAUUAUGAAGGCUUAAGAAGAGUACUACGUUCCUUACAGGCUCACAAGAUGGCAUGGCCAUUCCUAGAACCAGUAGAUCCCAAUGAUGCACCAGAUUAUUAUGGUGUUAUUAAAGAACCAAUGGACCUUGCCACCAUGGAAGAAAGAAUACUGAAACGUUACUACAAAAAGGUCACGGAGUUUGUGGCAGAUAUGACCAAAAUUUUUGAUAACUGUCGUUACUACAAUCCAAGUGACUCCCCUUUUUACCAAUGUGCAGAAGUUCUUGAAUCAUUCUUUGUACAGAAACUAAAAGGAUUUAAGGCAAGCAGGUCCCAUAACAACAAACUGCAGUCUACAGCUUCUUAGAGUUCAGCGUGUUAUCCUAACACACGAGCAAGAAUCUGGUUGUCUGAAAAUUUUUAAUUAAGAAGCCAGAUGUUUUUAGUCAGGUUAUCCUGACAAGACUUGAUGUAAACUGCGUUUUUAUUGGUCACAACAGUCAAAUUAUAUUCUUGGCUUAUUUUGUCCAAAGGACAAAGAAAUAAAAAUCAGCAGCACCACUUUCUUGUCAAGAUCAAAUUGUUGUACUAUUGUGGCAGAAGCAGGAAAACUUUGUUUUGUUGAAGGAGAGAGAGAAAGAGAGCAAGAAAAAAAGAUACAGUAAAUGGGGUCACGUUUAACUCCAUGGAAAUGCCACGUCUGUUCUUCAGUGAAGAAGCUGGUUUAAAGUCCACACAGAAAACUUUGACUGUAUUUAUUUAUUGUUGCAAAAAAGACGCUUUUUUAUUGCUGCCCUCAUUUGUCAGCUAAUUAUUUUUUCUUAUAAAAUCCAGCCCCGGUUACAUGUAAUCCAUUCUGUAUCUUAACAUGAUUCCUGUAGGUAAAAGUACAAGAAGACCUCUAGAUGUCUUUUCUUUCUAUGAAAGGAGCUGCUAUGUACACAUGUGCACACACACAGGACUGGGAAUCAACAAUGAGUUUAUCAUUCAUGGUAGAUAAAAACAAUUAAGCUUGCAUAAAAUUUGGGCUAAGUGGUCAUGGACUACAGACUCUGUUGCCUUGAAUAUAACAGUACAAUUAGUCAUUUACUCUGCACCAGACUGAAAUGAGUAAAAUCUAUUUGAAGGUAUCUUGUUUGUAAACAUUUGUCAGAUUCUAAUUUUUUUCUUUUGUAUUAAAAUUCAAAAUAUGGAUGUAUAUGAAACAAAAUAAAUGGAGAUCAUUGUUCUCCCCACAGA